AUGAUCACUCGACGUCAAACUGGUUUAAUUUAUUCAUUAUGCAAUGCUCUUUUAUUUUAUUUAUCAACAUCAGAUCAUUCAUCGAAUGAAAAUAAACAUCAAAGACAAAAAUCAGCUAUAUCAAUUAAAAAUGAUCUUGAUUUUCCACGUCGUAGAAUUCAAUUGACAUUAAUAGAACCACUUGAUGAAAAUCAUCUGCAAAACAAUCUAUUAAUUCAUCUUAUUCCAAUUCUUAUAUUUUCAAUUCGAGAAUUAAUCAAUAAUAUAUCAUAUUCGAAUUUCAAUAUUGAAUUUAUUGAUGCUCGUUAUGAAAUAUUUUCAUUUCCCAAUAUAACAGAUCUACUUCAAUCAUCACAACCUUUGUUUUAUUUACAAGAAUAUAAAACAUUUUAA